AUUUUCUUUAACACAUAUGAGUUAUCAUUUAAUUAAACUUCUGCAAAAUGUAAUGUAAAUACAUUUGGUUCAAUUGAUAUGAUAAAAUAUAUCACUCAGCAAUAUAUUAAACCCUUUCUGUCAAUUUUUAGAAGACUUUUAAAAAUAAAAAUGGCAUGUUCUACCGAAGAUUACAUUGAAGAAGUAAUUUGUGAAACGUCCGAUAUACUAGAAAACCAUCCGAAAACGUUUAAAUUAGGAGAGGGAGAGAUUCUGUUAAUUAAGCAAAAUAACGUGAUAAGUGCAUUAGGUUCGAGAUGUACUCAUUAUGGAGGGCCUCUAGUUAACGGUGCUUUAGGAAACGGCCGAAUAAGAUGUCCCUGGCAUGGUGCCUGUUUCGAUUUGACCACCGGAGAUAUAGAAGAUUUCCCAGGUCGUCUGGACUCCUUGCCCUGCUACAAAGUGACUGUAGAUGGCGAGAAUGUUAAAGUCAGAGCGUCGAUAGCGGAUUUAAGGCACAACAAGCGGAAAAAAAAUAUGGUCAAACGAAAUAGGGUCUCGAACGAUUCGGUUGUGGUUAUCGGAGGCGGUCCUGCGGCGGCGGUUUGCGUAGAAACUCUAAGACAAGAACUUUACGACGGCCGCAUUACGAUGAUAUGCCAAGAAAAAUACCUUCCUUACGACCGAACGAAGUGUACCAAACAAAUGGAUUUCACCAUUUGCGAUGGACAACUGAGAAACGGCCCGUUCUACCACUCGCACGACAUAGACAUUAUGAAGAGCGUGGAAGCGGUUUCGGUGAAUACCAAAACAAAAACCGUAAAAUUGAGCAACAACAAGACGCUUCAGUACACGAAACUUUUCAUAGCCACGGGGAACUCGCCGAAGAGAAUUGCCGUCAAAGGUGAAGAUUUAAAAAACAUUUUUUUAUUGAGAAAUUACGACCACUCUAAGAUAUUGUAUUCCGCUCUAUCGAAAGACAAGCGAAUGGUGGUUAUCGGCGGCGGAUUCAUCGGCAUGGAAGUAGCCGAUUUUUGCGCCGAUAAAGUCAAAAAGAUAACUCUCGUUAUGCGGUACGAUAAGCCGUUGAAAUACGUUUUUGGCAACGAAAUUGGCGGCGUCCUCAUGAAAUUAUUCACGAAAAAGGGCAUCGAAUUCGUGCCAAAUGUCAACGUUGUGAAUUUUAUCGGUUGUGACAAAGUAGAAAGCGUUAAUUUAUCCGAUGGAUCCAGCUUGCCCGCCGACUUGGUGGUGAUCGGCGUGGGCGUCGAGCCGAAUUCGGCGUUCCUGGAAAAUUCCGGCAUUCAUUUGAAAAGCGACGGUACGAUAAUAACGAACUCCCGCUUGGAGACCAACGUGCCCAACGUAUUCGCCGGCGGCGACGUCGCCUGCGCCCCCAUUUGGUCUCACAACAACGAAAAAGCCUCCGUCGGCCAUUUCGCUCUGGCCCAUUACCACGGUCGCAUAGCCGGCCUAAACAUAGCCGGGAAAGAGACCGAGCUGCGCUCCAUACCAUUCUUUUGGACCAAAAUGGCCGGAUACUCUAUACGUUAUUGCGGGUUCGGAAACUUCGAUCACAUCGUGGACGCGGCGGGCAGUUACGAGGAGAUGAAAUUCCUGUUUAUUUACCUGAAAAACGAGAAGGUGGUGGCGAUGAGCUCGUGCAAUAUGGACCCGUACGUGUCCAAGUUCGCGGAGCUGGUGCAGCAGGGCAAGCAUUUGACCAGAGCAGACGUCUGCCCGUGCGAUGGCAUCCUCAAAUGGGCUUCGUGAUUUAUCGCAAUACUGUAUACUAAUUCAAGAUUAUAAAAAAAAUCUCAUAUUAAUGUACUGUGCAUUUUAUAUUGGGGAAUUAUGGAAACGAAUAGAACAAGAUGCUCGCUAUAAGUAGUACGAA